AUGAGGGUGGUCGUGCUCGCCCUGACUCUAGCCCUUGCGGCUGCUCAGCAUAACUUCGCCCCUGAUUUUGCUCUGGGUAAGACCUACGUGUACAAAUAUGAGACACUGCUCCUGGGCGGUCUACCGGAGGAGGGACUGGCACGAGCCGGACUCAAAGUCAGGAGCAAAGUUUACAUCAGCGCCGUAGAACAGAACCAGUUCAUGCUCAAGCUUGUGGACCCGGAGCUCUUCGAGUACAGCGGGAUUUGGCCAAAGGAUUCUUUCACCCCAGCCCCCAAGCUGACAUCAGCCCUGGCACCUCAGCUCAAGAUCCCCAUCAAGUUUGAGUACAACAACGGUGUCGUCGGAAAAAUGUUUGCACCCGAGGGAGUCUCUGUGAUGGUGCUGAACAUCUACAGAGGUGUUCUGAACGUGCUGCAGCUCAACAUAAAGAAGACGCAAAAUGUCUACGAGAUGCAAGAGGAUGGAGCCCAGGGUGUGUGCAAGACUCUCUACGCCAUCACCGAAGAUGAGAAGGCUGAACGUAUCCUUCUGACAAAGACCAGAGACCUGAGUCACUGUCAGGAAAGGAUCAUGAAGGACAUCGGGUUGGCCUACACGGAGACAUGUGCCAAGUGUCAGCGGGAUUCCAAGAACCUGAAAGGAGCCACAGCAUACAACUACGUUCUGAAGCCGGUUCCCAGUGGUGUCAUGAUCUUGGAGGCAUCUGUCAAUGAGGUCAUUCAGUUCUCACCUUUCAACGAGCGGAACGGAGCUGCUCAGAUGGAGACCAAGCAAAAACUGGUCUUCCUGGAAGUCCAGAAAGUCCCCAUUGCACCAGUUAAAGCAGACUAUCUUCACCGUGGAUCCCUCAAGUACCAGUUCUCCACCGAGCUGCUGCAAGCACCCAUUCAGCUCGUGAGGGUCACCAACAUCCAGGCUCAGAUUUCGGAGGUUCUCAAUCAUCUGGUCAUCCACAAUGUGGAGAGAGUCCAUGAGGACGCCCCACUCAAGUUUUUGGAGAUCAUUCAAAUCCUUCGCAUGGCCAAAUUUGAAGACCUGCAAAUGCUUUGGAGCCAAUAUAGAUCAAAACCCUCCCACAGACAAUGGCUCUUGGAUGCCAUUCCUCCCAUUGGAACUCAUGUUGCUCUGAGAUUCAUCAUGGAGAAGUUUGAGGCUAGUGAGCUGACGGUCGCAGAAGCAGCUAAGGCUGUGAUUUCAUCCGUUCAUCUGGUGACAGCAGACGCUGAGGCCAUUAAGAUGGUUAAUCUCUUGUUUGAAAAGAAAAAAGUACAGGACAGCCUAGUUCUGUCCGAGGUGGUCUCCCUGGCCUAUGGUACCAUGGUUUACAAAUAUUGUGCCGAGAAGCCUGUCUGUCCUGUCGAGUUGGUCAAGCCCAUCCACGACAUGCUUGCGGAGGAAUUGGCUAAGGGCAACGCACAGGAGAUUAUUUACAUUUUGAAGGUGUUGAGCAACGCUGGCCAUCCUAUGAGCCUGAAGCCCAUCACAAAGAUCCUCCCCAUACAUGGCACGACAGCGGCAAGCCUGCCCACCAGCGUUCACGUUGAGGCGAUCAUGGCCUUGAGAAACAUUGCCAAGAAGGAACCAAGAAUGGUCCAGGAUCUGGUACUUCAGUUGUACAUGGACAAGGCUCUUCACCCCGAGGUCCGCAUGCUGGCCUGCAUCGUGCUCUUCGAGACACGUCCGCCGGUUGGUCUGGUGACAAAUCUUGCCAACAUUGUGAAGACGGAGGAGAACCUGCAGGUGGCCAGCUUCACCUACUCUCACAUGAAGUCCCUGACCAGAAGCACUGUCCCCAACCAUGCUCCCAUUGCCGCCGCUUGCAACGUCGCAGUUAAGCUCUUGAACAGAAGGCUGGAAAGACUGAGCCUCCGUUUCAGCAGAGCCAUUCAGAUGGACGUCUACAACAGUCCCUUGAUGCUCGGUGCUGUCGCUACUACUUUCUACAUCAAUGACGCCGCCACUAUUUUGCCAAGAAACAUCAUUUCUCGGACCAAUGGCUACAUCGCCGGAGCUGCUGCCGAUCUCAUGGAGGUCGGAGUGAGAACUGAGGGGCUCCAGGAGGCUCUGAUGAAAAGCCAUGCAUUGACUGACAACGUGGACAGGCUCACCAAGAUGAAGCGUGUCAUUAAGGCUCUGUCUGACUGGAGGUCCAUGCCCAACACCAAGCCUCUGGCCUCCGUCUAUCUCAGGUUGUUCGGGCAAGAAGUUGCUUUCAUCGACUUUGACCAGACCUGGAUGAAAAAGGUGGAUAGCGAGCCCUCACUUAAGGACCUUGGCAGAAAUGCCCUCAGAUCUCUGCUGUCUGGAGCUUCCUUCCAUGUUGCUAAACCAAUGUUGGCCACGGAAGUGCGUCGCAUCAUGCCAACGGCUGCUGGAUUCCCAAUGGAGCUUGGCCUCUACACUUCUGCUGUGGCUGUUGCAGCCGUUAAAAUCUCGGCCACCGCAACACCAGCUCUGCCAGAACCCAUCCAGUUCAGCCAUGUUCUGAAGACCAACAUGCAGCUGGACACUGAGAUCAGACCAAGCAUCGCUGCGAACACCUUUGCCUUGAUGGGAGUGAACACCGCCGUCCUCCAGGCUGCCCUGGUCUCAAGAGCCAAGCUCAACUCUAUCGUGCCAGCCAAGAUUUCUGCAAGCCUCAACAUCGCAGAGGGCCACUUUAAGAUUGCGGCUCUACCCGUUCCUGUACCUGAAUAUGUUGGUGUUGCUGACAUUCAGAGUUUUGCUGUGGUGAGAAACAUUGAGGAACUGACUGCUGAAAGGAUCACUCCCCUCAUCCCCUCCAACAUCUUUAAGCCCAUUUCAAAGGAGAUCCUCACUUCCAAGAUCAUUUCUUCUGAGGCUGCUAGUUUAUCCCGAUCUUCAGAGCUCCUUCAGCGCGAUAUUGAAAGAGACACUAAGCCAAUUCAACGCAAAGCGCUGGAUAAGAAGUACUGCGUGAGAGCUACUGGCACUGGACUGAGAGGCUGUUUCAAGGUGGUCUCAGAGAACGCUGCCUUCAUCACAGACAACGUUCUGUAUCGACUGGCCGGAAGGCAUUUAGUCAGCGUGUCCGUCAAGCAGAUUGACGGGGAAGGAGUUGAAAGACUGGAGAUGAUGGUUCAAGUUGGAUCGAAGGCUGCAGAGAAGCUCAUCAAGCGGAUCAGUCUGAGCGAAGAGGAUAUCCAGGGAAGGCCGGUCUUGAUGAAGCUCAAGAAACUUCUCAACGGCACCUCUUCCUCUUCCUCCUCCUCGUCCUCGUCCUCCUCGUCCGCUUUGUCCUCCUCUUCUUCGUCAAGCCGUUCCAGCUCAAGACGCCUGUCGUCUUCGUCAUCCUCAGUCAGCAGCAGACGCAGCAGGCGCAGCUCCUCCUCCAGAUCUGUCAGCAGGCCUAACAAAAGCAGCUCUGCGUCUAGUUUGUCUUCUCUCUUCAGCGCCAGCUCUAGCUCGUCUCGCUCCAGCGCUAAAAUGUCAAAGCGAGUGAUUUACAGCCGCACCUUCCAGAAGAACCACAAGAAGUCUCUUCCUACCUCAAGAUCCAACUCCAAAAGCAGAAGCAGCGGCUCAAGCUUUGAGGCCAUCUACAACAAGAACAAAUUCCUUGGCAACGAAAUCGCUCCCGUCUUUGCCGUCAUCCUCCAAGCUGUGAGAUCCGAUGGCAAACUCCAGGGAUACCAAAUCGCUGGCUACGCAGACUUGCCUACUGCCCGACUUCAGAUCGUCAUGGCCGCCCUGGCUGCUGACAACAACUGGAGGUUCAGCGCUGAUAGCGUCGUGCUCAGCAAACACAAAGUCACAGCUAAAAUCGCUUGGGGAGAGAACGGCAGGCAGUAUGACACGAUGAUCACCGCUGAGACCGGUCUUCUUGGUCCAAGCCCGGCCGCUCGCCUCAGAAUGGCCUGGAAUGAACUUCCAUCUUACUUCAAACGCUACGCAAGGAUGGCUAAAGACUACAUUCCUUCCUACGUGCUGGACAGCGUCGUUCAAGGGAAGGAUGAGAACAGCGCCAAGCAGCUGUCAUUCACAGUGGCUGCAACAUCUGAGAGGACCUUGGAUUUGAUUAUGAAGACACCAACACGCAGCAUCUAUAAGGUGGCUUUGCGUCUCCCCAUCGCUCUGCCACUGGAUGAGUUCACCGGCUUGACGCCCUUCGACGAUUUGGUCGACAAAGUCCAUUACUUGAUCUCCAAGGCUGGCGCAGCUGAAUGUAGCUUCAGCAGAGACACCCUGACCACCUUCAACAACAGGAGAUACACCAACCAGAUGCCGCUGUCUUGUUACCAAGUUCUGGCUCAAGACUGCACACACGAGAGGAAGUUCAUGGUCUUGCUGAAGAAGGACAGCGCUGAACGCCACCAUAUCAACAUCAAAAUCGCUGACCUCGAUAUCGACCUGUACCUGAGGAACACGGAUGUGAUGGUGAAGGUUAACGGAAUGGAGGUGCCCACUGCCAACCUGCCAUACCAGCACCCAACAGCUAAACUCCAGAUCAGACAAAACGGAGAGGGCAUCUCUGUCUUUGCCCCGAGUCUGGGACUCCACGAACUCUACUUUGACAGCAAAUCCUGGAAGAUUAAAGUUGUGGACUGGAUGAGAGGACAGACCUGUGGACUCUGCGGAAAGGCCGACGGCGAGAUCAGGCAGGAAUACAGCACAUCCACCGGACGGGUGACCAAGAACGCGGUCAGCUAUGCUCAUUCCUGGGUUCUUCCUGCCGAGAGCUGCCGGGACAGCACAGAAUGUCGCAUGAAGCUGGAGUCUGUGCAGCUGGAGAAGCAGGUGAACGUACACGGACAGGAGUCCAAAUGUUUCUCAGUCGAGCCUGUGCUGCGCUGCCUAGCGGGCUGCUUCCCCAUCAAGACCACCGCCGUCACCGUCGGCUUCCACUGUGAGCCCACUGACUCCACCAUGAUCCGCCAGGACUUCACCAACUACAGCACGGACGUCAGGGAAUCCACACAAGCCCACCUGGCCUGCAGCUGCACUGCUCAGUGUGCAUAA